AUGUCUUUUUCGGGCUAUGUUGCAGUUCCUAGGUGCUCUGUGAUCUUCGAUGGCACCAACUAUGCUGAGUUUGUGGGGUUCAUGCGCAUCCAUAUGCGUGGUCUUCUUCUGUGGGGUGUUCUCUCUGGCGAGGUCCCCUGCCCGCCAUGCCCUGUUGCGCCCGUGGCCCCAAUCCCACCGGUGCCGCCGGUACUUGCUGCUGAGGCUUCUCGGGCUGACCGGGAUGCCGCCAAGGCCCUUGAUGAUGCUGCAGUUGAUGCUUAUGAUCAGCAGGUAUCUGCUUAUUCCAAUGCUCUUUCGGUGUACCGCGAUGAUCUCUCUGCUUACACUCAGCGGUGCAAUGACGAUGCUCGUGCUGCUGCUGUUCUUACUGCAAGUGUCCUCCCUCAGUUUGCUUCAGAGUUCAUGGGACUUGGCACAGUUGCAGCGAUGUGGUCUUAUCUUUGUCAGAGCUAUCAACCCUCUGGUGAUGCUCUCUACCUGUUUGUGGUGCGUCAGGAGCACGCCCUCCAACAAGGUGAUUCCUCUGUUGAUGAGUUCUAUUCACAGUGA